AUGGAUCCCAGCAGCAGCUGCAUGAGCAGCCCACAGCCUCCUGCCCCACUUUGGGGGUGUCUGCGGAGCACCCACGCAGAUGUCACCACCACAGCUCCAGGGCUGUCCCACUUCCCAUCUGCACCAUUCUCCUUUCCUCAAAAAUCAGAUUUUGUUUCUUACGCCGAUUUCUCCACCUCAGGCCUGGUGACUGCUCCCCAGAGCUUCCCGUGUGAGGAGAGGGUGUUUGUGGAGCAGCAACUUUCCUCUUUCCAACCCUCUGACUGGCAUUUUGCAGCAACUGAGGCCAGAAGACACCUAAAUCCAGGACUGGCCUUGGGAUCUGGGGAAUCAGAAGGCAGCAGCCCAAACGCAGCGAGUGCGCCAGGGGCUGUGAAUGAAGAUGAGGAGGUCCCAGGAAAUGCAACAAAUGAGUCUGACAAAAAGCCAUCCAAAAGGAAAAAGGAAAACUCAGAAAACCACAACUCAAGCAACAAGGCAGAACCAAGGAGCAAAUCCAGGAAGGAGAGGACAGCUUUCACCAAGGAGCAGCUAAGGGAGCUGGAAGCUGAAUUUGCUCACCAUAACUACCUGACAAGGCUGAGGAGAUACGAGAUAGCUGUGAACCUGGAUCUCACUGAGAGACAAGUCAAAGUCUGGUUUCAAAACAGAAGGAUGAAGUGGAAACGUGUUAAAGGAGGACAACCAGUGUCCCCACAUGAACAUGACACAGAAGAUGUGGACUCUGCUGCCUCUCCCAUCUCUGACUAG